AUGACUGAUUGUAGCAACUUUGAGGAGUCAAACACAGAGCAGGAAUCGCUAUGCCCCAGCUGUGCUCGCAAGGAAGCGGUCAGGGUUGGGUUGCAGCCGCGGCCAAACAACCUCGACCGGCGGCUCCGGACCCAAAACGGCACGUCUUCAUGCGGAUCAUCGACUGCAUCACGAUCCACCCGCAGCAGCAACAUCAGCAACAGCACGGGCUCGGUGGUAAGCCGGGCCAGCACCACCCCCAGUGAGCACGACGCCUUGGAAGCAUCGAUGCAGGCCAUCAUCGACCUGAAGGUGCAGGAGUCGACCAAGGCGUUUGAGGCUGCCGGCGGGAUGAGGAGCCUUACCGCCAGCUCUGCCGCUGGUCUUCGGCCAUCGUCGCUUGCAUCGCGCCAGGUUGAUCAAAAGACGACUGAUUCACUGCCGGCGACGCUGGCUUUGGCCGUGGAGAUGACCAGUGCUAGAGCUAUCGUGGUGGAGAUCACUCCGGCCCUCGCCUCCACCAAGGCUGACAUGGCCGGGGCCGCCAUCAGGGGCGCUUUUGCACCACAGUUUGGUGGAAUACCGGCGACGACGACAGCAACGGCCCCGGAAAAGGCACCGCCAGCUUUAGUAGUCUCAGCUCCUCCUCAGGUCAGUGAGAACCCAAGGGUGACGCAGUACUAUUACUCUCCAUACAAAGCGCCUUCGGUGGAAAAGCUGACCAGAACUCGAGACGACGAUGCCAUGUCGAUAAUGAGCACAGGUCCCGACUUUGACAAUGAGAGCUCCUUCACACUUCAGAGAAACGACUCUUUGUUUCUCCCAACGGACAAGACCGAAAGAAAGACUGGGGACGAGGACUACACUGGUGAAGUCACCAUAUCUUCACCCGACGAGGUUCUCAAACCAGGUGCCGCACGGAAGGAUGACAGAGAUAGCCUUCCGAGCGGGAGGGUCGUCCAGCCGCGGCGAAGCAACAAGCCGGAUGCGAGGGAGCAGAAUCCAGCACCUCGCAUCAUGCCCAUUCUUCUAGAGCCCUCGAGUGUUGCCAACGACUAUGCCAAGUUCUGCGCGGAUAUUGCAGUCAAGCGAGAGGCACAGAGGAAGGCUUACGCUUCCGGCCAGCGCGCAAACGCCGAAGAGGGUUGCUACAAGAACUACUCCCUCCCUAGCCGUGGCCUGGCGAUACCGGUGGCUGCCACCACAACAGUCGCAGCCAAAACCUACACGGCAGAGACUGUACAGCCCAGAAGAGUGGAUGCUCACAUCCCCCUGGACAAACCUCUUCCCCGCUCGCCGAGGAACGAAUCCGGGGAGGCGGGUGACGACAAGAACCCACUCCCAACCAGAGUGCGCAGGAGCCGGGCGACGAGUGACAACGGCAGGUCGAGUGGCACCCCUGCGGUGACCCUGCCACCCUCGACCGCAACGAGAAAGGCCAGAUCCCAGCCGGGGGAGCGAAGCGAUCAGGGCUUUGACGAUGACGAGACCUUUUUCGUCCCUCGGCGUCCCCGCCCGACAUUCAUUGAGGGCACCCCAGUGACCCCUCAGACUGUCCCUGUCUCUUUGGCAAUUGGAGGUGGGAAGACACUUCGGCGGACAAAGGCCCUGCCGACCAGAGAUGGCAGACCGGAUGGCUGGGAGUAA